AUGUGCUGGCAGUGCAUCAAAGACAGGGUCACUGCUAGUGAAAGGGCAAGGGCAGCUCUCGCUAGAGCGUCCCAGCCACCCUUUCGACUACUUGACCUCCCCGCUGAGAUCGUAGGCAGCGUCUCCGACCGCCUUGAGGAUACUGACCUUCUCAAUCUACGUCGCGCAUGUCGAGCACUCAACGCGCACUCGGCCAACGCAUUCGGAAAACGGUUCUUCCAUCACCUCAUCGUCAUCCUACAUCCUACCAGCCUCACGACGCUUCUCGAGAUCUGCCAUCAUCCUUUGCUAUCUAAGCAUGUCCGCAAGAUCACUGUAAGUGGCGAACGCAUCGGACAGAGCAUAAAUGGAAUCGAACAACAAGACCUCCACAUGGAUCUGCAAGUCAGCGUCGAGCGCUCGGGCAUGGAUACGUUGACUCUCAAAGAAGCCUUCCGGGAGCUGGAGAAUCUAGAGAUGGUUCGAGUUGAUGUCGUCAGUUUCUAUCAUCUCGACCCGGAGCCAACAGACGACGGCAUCAGGUGUGGACGGGCCCACAUCAUCCCGGCAAAGCUCCUCAACCCCCCUGCUUCACGUGAGAGGCACGGAGACAGCGGUAAGAACCGAGUAUACGAUUUGAUCCCAAAGAUUCUCCUGGACGCCGGUGUACAUGAGAAGGUCGGUUUGCAGUUUGAGUUCUGGAACACGGAAUAUUCUAACGAAGAUCUGGUGACAUUCCUGGAUCUCGAUUGCGAAGUCUGGAAGUGCUUUCCAGAAGGAGAAUGGACCGAGCCGUUACAGAUCAUCGAGACAAUGCCGCGAAUCGAAUACCUGUGGCUUGUCAAGUUGCUCGAGAAAGCACCUUAUCCACAUUCAUCGAUGACUGUGAGACGCUGGAGCCGAGAAGAUGACGGGGUCUUGCUACUCUCGGACCCAGAAGAUGUCCAACUUGCUCUGAGUGCGAUGCGCAGUCAGCCGAGAACGGUGUUCAUGGGCGCUGGCAUCAAGAGCGAGGCGGGUGAGGUCUAUCCCCAUAGGGUUUCCUUCGAUGUUGGUGAAGCAGCGCUGGCAAGAGACAUCGUCUAUCAAAAUGGUGAAUGGACGUUCGCCGACACAUUUCCAGAAUUUUAA